GCUCGCGCACAUUCAGCUAAUCCCGCGCUGUAAUCCUGGUCCUGGGUUAGCAUGCUAACUCGCUAACAAAUCCUGUCAACAAAAGGCCUGGAAAUGGAAGCUAAUGCUAAUGCUAAUGCUUAAGAUACACAGAGGCCUGGUUCUAGAUGUCUGACGACGUUUAUGAGAAGUUUCUCGCUCCAGAGGAGCCUUUUCCUCUGCUGUCUCAGCGGGGAAAUCUCAGUGAAGAUGGUACAUUGGAUGUUAGUGAUUUUGGAUGUCAGCUGUCCUCUUGUCAUCGCACUGACCCUCUGCGGCGCUUUCAUAGCAACAGAUGGAACCUGACCUCAUGCGGCACCAGUGUGGCCAGUUCAGAGUGCAGCGAGGAGCUCUUCUCCUCCGUGUCGGUGGGCGAUCAGGACGACUGCUACUCUCUGCUGGAUGACCAGGAGCUCACCAGCUUCGACCUUUUCCCGGAGGGAAGCGUCUGCAGUGAUGUGUCCUCCUCUAUCAGCACCUACUGGGACUGGUCCGACAGUGAGUUUGAGUGGCAGUUACCAGGAAGUGACAUCGCCAGCGGAAGUGAUGUGCUGUCUGACAUCAUACCGAGUGUACCGAGCUCACCCUGCCUUGUUUCAAAAAGAAAGAUCAAAUCACAUGGAAAUCUGGACGAGUUGCCUUGGAGUGCCAUGACCAACGAUGAGCAGGUGGAGUAUAUCGAGUACCUGAGCCGGAAGGUGAGCACUGAGAUGGGCCUGCGGGAGCAGCUGGACAUCAUUAAAAUAAUUGAUCCGAGUGCUCAGAUAUCUCCAACAGACAGCGAGUUCAUCAUCGAGCUGAACUGCCUGACGGACGAGAAACUGAAACAGGUGAGGAACUAUAUCCGAGAGCACAGUCCGCGGCAGAGGACCGGCAGCACACGGGACGGCUGGAAACGGAGCGUGGCGAGCAGCGGCAGCACCAGCGGCGUUAGUGCCCACAGCAGCAGCAAUGCCAGCAUGGUGAGCAGCGCCAGCAGCAGCACCGGCUCCUCCGGCUCCAACUCCUCCACCAACAUCAGCCGCGCCCACAGUGACGGCAACCUGGCCACCGCGGCCGAACGGAUCCGAGACUCCAAGAAACGCUCUAAGCAGCGGAAGCUGCAGCAGAAGGCUCUGAGGAAACGGCAGCUGAAGGAACAGCGUCAGGCUCGCAAGGAGAGACUCAGUGGGCUGUUCCUCAAUGAGGAGGUCCUGUCACUCAAAGUCACUGAGGAGGAAGAUCACGGGGAUGAUGUUGAUGUCCUGAUGUGACAAGAGUGAAUCAGUCAGUGCUCCCUCUAAGCCUCGGUUCUGUCACUUUCUGUCAUUCAUCUUUCCUUUAAUCACUUUUAAUGAUGAGUCUUAAUUAAUCGAAAAACACUCAACAGAUCAGUAACCACCACCAACAGAUCAAUAACCACCACCAGAUCAAUAACCACC